AAUCCUUUUGAAAAUAGUUUUGGUGUUCAACUUUGGUAAUUUUUUGUAUAUUAUUUUUUAUCCGAUAUCCCGUUACAGUCUUUGCUUUGUAUUAUUAAUUUAAAGCCGGUAAGAUUCAAACUCUGUGCAGUUGGUGCUUUGAAUAUAAAUACAGCAUUUGCAAUUGAUUAAUAUAUAUUACAUCUGUUAUUCCAGCGAAAUAAAAAACAGAUAAAUAUUAAUUGUUGCCGAUUACAAAAGUUCAAAAUCUGAGAGCUACUAGUUCAAUUAUGGGUAAAAAGUCACCGAAAAAACCAGCAACAGUUGCGAAAAAGCCAAGGAAUGAGAAAUCAUCAAAACUUUUUUUUCUGGCUGUUACUCCUAUUGUUGUUGUAAUUGGUAUUUACAUCUUUACGGUGCUAAAAUCUCCUAUAAAUCCGAAAUCAUCAGAAUUAGGAUUAGCACCAGUUUUUGAAGGGGCCUUGGAGCCAAAUAAUCAUCUUCAGGCAGCAGAGAGACUGUUUGAGAAUGAAAUUCUGGGGCCAGAAGCACCAAUGGUAUAUAAGGGAAAUGUAUAUGCUGGCCUACAUGAUGGAAGAUUUGUUAAAUUUGACCUUAAAAACAAUAAGGUUGAAACUUUGUUACGACUUGGUCAAAGUGAAAAUUGUGGCAGUUACGAAAACGAACCAAAAUGCGGAAGACCUUUAGGCUUUCGAAUACUUCCGGAUGGAACCAUGUACAUAAUAGAUACAUAUUUAGGUCUUUUCAAGUUCAAUCUAAACACGCACGAGAAGACGAAGCUUUUCGGUCCAGAUCUUGUAGUCGAAGGAACGAAUAUGACACUAUUAAAUGACUUAGAUAUCGACGACGAAGGAAAUAUUUAUUUCUCACAUUCAAGUGUCAGAUGGGAGAGAAGAAACUUUGUCUAUGUAGUCCUAGAGUCAGCCUCUGAUGGACGUCUUCUAUCUUAUAAUUUGCAUACUAAGAAGUUUAGAGUACUAAUCGAUUCUCUAGAUUUUGCAAAUGGAGUACAACUGUCACCAAAUCAAGAUUAUGUUCUAGUCGCUGAAUUAACUAGAGCUAGAAUAUGGAAAUACCAUAUUAAAGGACCGCUAGCCGGAGAAAAAACCAUAUUCGCCGAUAAUCUACCUGGCUUACCAGAUAACAUUCGUCCUUCAAAAAAUGGUGGAUAUUGGAUAGGAUUAGGAGCCGCUAGAAAAAGGACGGCGUUUAAUAUUAUUGAAUGGAUGAUGACCAAAGCUUUUGUCAAAAAAUUUCUAGCUGCCGUCUUGAGUAUUGAUACUUUCCCAAAAUUAGCUCCCAAAUAUGGGUUAGCUAUUCAUAUAGACGAAAAGGGUCGUAUAGAUAAAACCUUACACGAUACGACUGGUAGAGUUAUUGCUAAAGUUAGUCAAGUUAUUGAAGAUGGUGAUAAUUUAUAUUUUGGCAGUUAUGGAUCACCUUAUUUAGGUCGUUUGAAUGUUAAAAAUCUUAAGUUGUAA